AUGCCCCGUCCAAAAUCCAUCAUCAUAACUGGCGGCGCAUCAGGCAUCGGCCUAGGCCUAACCCGCUACUUCCUCUCCUCCCCCGAGAACACAAACACGAACACCCAUGUUACAAUCCUAGACAUCAAUCCCUCAGCAGGCGCCAAAGCGCGCCAGUCGCUUCGCUCGCAGUACCCGACUGCAAGCGUUAGUUUUGAGCACUGCGAUGUGUCCUCGUGGGAGUCGCAGGCUGCAGCUUUUGAGAGGGUGGCUGAGCAGCAAGGGGGUGUAGAUGCUGUGUUUGCUAAUGCGGGAGUUACGGAGUCGGUUGAUUUGGUUAAGUCUGCGUUGGGGACUGCGAGUGGUGGUGGGCCGGUGAAGCCGGGGUUGAAGACAGUAGAUGUUAAUUUUUGGGGGGUGAUUUAUUCUGUUCAUUUGGGGAUACACUAUAUCUCCAAGAAUACUCCCAUGGAUGCUGGUGAUGGGAAAGCACCUAGCAAGGGUACUAUCAUUUGCACCGCAUCCAACGCCGGUCUCUAUGCCUUCCCGAUGGCGCCAAUCUACUCGGCUACAAAGCACGGUGUUAUUGGGCUGGUUCGCUCCCUAGCGCCAAGAUUAGAAAAGGAGCAGAUUCGGAUUAAUGCACUCGCGCCGGCUGUUAUCGAAACCAAUAUCGCGCCCAGCUCAGACUUGUUCAAGGCGAUGAUUCUCACGCCCAUGUCUACGGCCGUUAAGGCUGUGGAGCAGUUUGUCGAUGAUCCUUCGUUGACCGGGAAGGUUGCUGAGUUGCAUGGGGAACAUGUUACGUUUGCGGAGCCGCCGGAGUAUGUCGACGAGGACACGAAGACGAAUAUUGAGAUGUUUGUGAAGUUGGGGUAUGCAUAG